UUUCGCGAGCAGAAGGUGCCACACGCUGGGCCAUCGAUUCGACGCUCGUCUAAAAGGAUUGUAGCUGGUGAUCCCCGAAAGACGACAGACGCUCGAAGGAGAACUUACUCGAGCAACUACACUCGUGAAUAGUUCAAGGUGGGGCCGAUUCUUAGAAUCGGUCGGAUAUCGUUUCUCCAAUUCUGGAUACCACGGUGGUCGUCGAUUCCUCCAUUCGAUUCGAUCUAAGUGUCUCAGAGGAAAAAGAGCGUAGAUCCGAGGAUAGGAUAGCCACAGUCCUGGACUCCAGUCAUGCCGAAUUACUGUGCACACGAGGAUUACGAUUAUGGGACAGCCGAUGGAACAUCGCAGGAGGGUCCUGGUAGAACGAUACAACAGGUGCCAGGAGCCAGGCCCAUAGUGGACCCACAAGCCCAAGGAGAGGUCGAUCCCACCUUGUAUCCUCAACCAAAAGAGGCGACGCACAAGAUUCGUGGCAAGAGCGACGUGAUCGAGUACCUGUUUGGUUCCGUAGAUCAGGAAUUGCUUACCGUGAAAACGUUCUACUUCUUCUUCUAUUCUGCCUUUGGUUCCCUUUUUCCUUUGAUGGGAGUUUAUUUCAAGCAGAUGGGCAUGAACGCCGGCCAGUGCGGUCUCCUGAUGGGACUAAGACCCUUCAUCGAGUUCCUUAGCGCGCCCUUCUGGGGUUCGUUGGCUGACAGGUGGCAAAAGGGCAAGGUGAUUUUUUUAGCCUCUCUGUCUUGCUGGAUCAUCUUCACUCUUCCUCUGGCCUUCAUGCAACCACCGGCCACAUCGUGUUGGGUUAUACGAAACAACACGCCGUAUCUGGAACCACCGAACCCUAAAUUAAGAAUAGUUAAACGGUCCGCCAAUCUUGACGAUUUUUAUCAUCGAAAUGACGAAGAAUGUUUAGAGAUAGCGGACAACGUCGUUUUCGAGAGGCUGCGUAAAGACAGCAAGCUAAAUCCACUGGCGGCUCUCAGUUUACAAAUGAAUCAGGGCACGAUGAACGAUGUACGACAAAAUUACGAUCUCAAUAACGAUAGAGUUCGAAGAGAAACGCAAGAAGGAACAAGUACUUCAACAGAAGAGAGCCCUGUCGAAGAUUUGAAAUACAAACAGCUGGUGUUCGAAGAAAACGAUCCCGAAGCUAAGACUAUCGACUUUGAGACUCUGCAAAGGAAAAACCGUCCAGCUGAUGUGCUCGAAUACAAACGUUUCCUAAAUAACCAACCUUUGGACGAUGGAAGACCACCAAAGAAGGCGUAUACGCAUACCAAGACGAGAGUGAAACCACCACCAAUGAAGGUCAUGAUGAAAAGAGACGCCAAUGAUGAAAUUUCAGAGGAGAAGGAGUCUCCAUCCAAGUUUCAAACGGUCACCGUGAACUCUCCAAGUAAAGUAUCCUUGUUGGACGAAGAGGAAGAAGAAGAAGAAGCGAACGAAAAUGACGAAAAUAAUGACGAAGAUGUCCAGAUACCGUUGGUUAGGACCAAACGUUACGUCAACGUACCUCACUCCGGCAAGAGUCCUCAUAGUGUUUCCAAUGCUGCGAAUUACAACGAAGAGGAGAACAAAGGAUGGGUGAAACCUCUCUACAGUUCGAUUGUCUACAGAUUGCCGGACAUCCAAAAAACUUUCUUCCUCCUGUUACUGUUGGUGAUAGUGGGUGAAUUCUUCUCGGCGCCUGCGAUCACUCUAGCUGACUCUGCCGUCAUCACUUUAUUAGGCGAAGACGCGGACAAGUACGGUCACCAGCGAAUGUUCGGUAGUUUAGGCUGGGGUCUUGCUAUGUUCUUCGUCGGUAUCGCUUUAGAUCACAGCACUGCGUUCUCCGAGCAUCCAUGCGGUCCAGAUGCAAUGGAGAAGAAUUAUACGAUCUGCUUCGCGAUCUUCAGCGUCCUCAUGGGUGCCGCUCUGAUCACUGCCACGCAGAUCAACUUUAAAUACGAUUUUCCGGUCACGGAACUGGAAGUGGAGAAGCCUCCUGCAGAACCAACAAGGGAGGAGCAGCUGCAGAGUCAACUGUCUCAACAGUUGAAUCUGCCCAGUCUUCAGGACUCGUCUGCAGGGGUAAAUCUGAAUGUGAAACAACAACCGCCUGAAGGCAAGACGAAAAUGUUCGCUCAAACGACGCGAGAGAUCCCGGAAUGGGUGACCGUAUUGAAGCAAUUCAAAGACCUCAAGUGCGCAUCCUUCCUUUUCGUCGCGUGGUUCAUGGGAUUCGGUAUCGGGCUGAUUUUUACCUUCCUCUUUUGGCAUCUUCAGGACUACAAUGGCACACCGACUCUAUUUGGUGUCGCCUCUGUGAUCAAUCACAUUUCCGAGAUAUUCGCUUACUUCUUCAGCUUUAAACUGAUCCGUCAAAUCGGUCACGUGAAGGUGUUGUGCAUGGGACUGGGUGGAAACGUGUUUCGUUUCCUUUAUAUUUCUUAUCUGACGAUUCCAUGGUGGGUGCUGCCUUUCGAAUUCAUCCAGGGAAUAACCCAUGCGGCUGUGUGGGCCGCGUGUUGCAGCUACAUCUCUCAUAAUACGCCUCCACAAUUGCGUACGAGCGCGCAGGGUGUUCUUCAAGGUAUCCAUCAUGGUCUUGGCAGGGGAUGCGGAGCUGUGAUCGGUGGCAUGUUCGUCGACGCUUACGGAACAACUGCGACAUUCCGAGCUUACGGUCUCAUCUGCAUCGUCGUUCUUGGCGCGUUCGUGUUCAUCAACUUUUACAGAAAGGAUACAGGCUUCGUCUCCGAGCUGCCACAGACGGAGGAUCCUCGUCAAGUAGCCGAAGCGACACAUCUGGCACCGCACGGUGUACCUAGCAACGCCAUUCCUCGCGCUCUCAGCUCUACUCGACUGCACGAAUUGGCUAAUCAAGACACGGGCUACGGCGCCACUUACCAAUCUGGCGAUACUCUCAACGUGCCAGGUGCGAAUGGAGGCCCAGUAAACCCGACGAAUCCAUUUCUGAACACUGGAGGCGGCGGCGGAGGUGGAUAUAAUUACGGUAUGACUGGCAAUGGCGAGGACGAGUAUAUCCGUAGGAGCUUCCAGCUUUACAAUGAGGUGAUUAGCAGGGAAUUCGACCUGGUUAAACCACCACCGAUAGUGACCCAUCUACACGCUCAACAACCAUGCACCAACCCCUUCCAUCAGCACGACUACGAAUGGUAACAGUCCGGGACGUUCGAUCCCACUUGAGGCGAUUAGGAUGCUCAUGGAACGCUGGUCGAUAACCGGCAUGUUCUCUGGAGAACCGAAAACGAAGAACCAGCUUCGGAGUGCUAGGCAGAAGGAAUUUUUACACGGUUAAAAAAGUUCGAUGAAAACCCCUUGGUGCCUCCUUGGAGCAACACCGUUCGUUAUACUCGCAUUAAAAACGCCUGAUAGCGUCGAUGCAAACUAUUGCAACAAAUUAAUCACGGUAUAAAGAGCAAAUAAACAGAGAGAAUUCUUUCCGAUGCUAACAAUUCGAUUAUCAAGCUUGGAGAAGCAUCGAAAGGAUAAAGCGCAACAUUCAAAAAGAUAAAAAAGAAUUGACCAUGAGACUGAUCGAUAGAACGAUGAUUUAAAAGUGCCUGCUCACUAUGAUCUUCUUGUUUACCGUUGAACACUGCUGGGAUUACGAGUUUCGUAACGCUAACGUAAUCGACGAAAAAUAUUCGAAGAAACAUGCGUAAUAGGUGAGGAUCGCUCGCUGGGGGCACCGAAGGGCAGCUUCGAUCGGUUGAGAGGAACGUCUGCGAAAUAUACGAGACGAAAGUCCAAGCGCGAAUCGAAAGAAAGCCAUCCGAUAGAAAUAUUUUGUUAGGAUAUAAACGUGCUGGUCCCGUGAUACGUGAUCGUCUCGUAGAAUCCACUUUUAACGUUAUUUUAACAAAUUUGAGAUGCAAGUGAAGACAAGAUCUUCACGUACCACACGGAUCAUCUCGUGUAUAUGCAUAAAAGGCCACGAUGUACAGCAAAGAAAACAAAUGUCUUUCGUGACUGAAAUCUAUGUACGUAAUAUACCUGACACGUGUAGUACGGCACAACACGAUCUGCGGGGUCGCUUCAACGAAAACUCAUAUCCUAUACAAGGACUUGCAUUCCAUGGUAGCGUUCGAGUGCAUUUUCAUCGGUUGUCAAAUACGAAUCGACGAGAACGAGAUUUUCAAAGAUUCCAUCUUCUCUAACCGGUCAGUCGAGACUUCCGCGAUUUGAAACAGAAUCGGCCGAAGAAAAUCGAUUUGCGAGUUUCUCAUCGUACGGAUUCGAGAAUUCGAUGAAACUCGGGUCACGGCCGCGCCCUCGAAUGCAAGCAAUUCGAUGUAACUAUUACGUGUAUCUUGAUGUGCAAAAUCGUAUUACUCCCUUCGCUUCUCUCGUUUUGUUACGAUUCUCUCCACUAUUGCGUAUCUAGUAUUCUUUGACGAAAGUCGUGAAUCGCUAAAUAUCAUUGUAAAUACUAUUAUCUCUCUUUCUCUCUGCUUCUCUUCGCGUGUGAAUAUUAAAGAAUGACCCUUGACUCUUCUCUCGUUCGCCCGUUGUUUUCCGUUUCUAGGCUGAACGUUGCUCGUUGCGUGUUGUAUCUGUAAAAUGUUUCACACGUACUGUAAUUACUGUAGACUAUCGAGUUGUUAAUUCAAAUACUGUUUUCUUAUGUGAACUGGAAACCACGUUUCUCCGCGAUAGGUGUAUGAUAUUGUUAAUAAUGAGAGAUAAUUAAGCGGAUUCGUGAUAAAGAUGGAAAGCGUAACCCGGUCUUUAUCGUGGGAAUCUCAAUAAAACUAUUAACGUCGUACGUUUGCCCGAAUCAACGUUGAAGUUCUCGAGCCAUCGCUAUUUUCUUACUACUUAGUUUCAGUCAGACAAUGUAUCGUUUUAAACGCACUCAAUUCGAUCUUGUUCGAAGUGAAAGCUCGAUUCGAAGCCGCUCGAAUCGAAGGUAAAGCGAUCCGAGAGCACAUACCCCGGAAUGUUUUUCACUCGGGUUUUUCAUGGGGUAUUUUUGUUCGAUUUGGUUCGGCUAAGUGUGCGAAUAGCCUGAACCAAGCGGAAUCUCGUUUCCCGAGGCACAAGCUAGACGUAAUGUUGUACCUACAUUACCUUAAAUGAAAUUUAAACACUAAGGCAUAGCGUUGUACGUAUCAGAGUGCUUUUUAGCUCAGUAUUGUUACGUAGUCGGUACGGUUACAUUAUUAUUAAUCGUAUGUGUGUGCGUCAGAAUGAACACGUGUCACAGGGGUGUUUCGUUUUCUCAUUGUUCCCCUGUAUGAACACCGGUUUUCGAGGACACCUUCCACCGAAAUCGAAUAGAAUUAGGCCAACAGCGCCCGUAAGCACGAAACGGAUAAUCAUAAUGUAGUAGCUGAUGUUGUAAACGCAGUUUCCAUCAGAAUGUCCGAUGGACGUAAUAAGACAGCGAACAACGUGGAUCGAACCUCAUUGUCUCGCGACUAACAUGCACACGUGCACGAUACACAAUGAGAUCACUUAUCUAAUUAAUCAUCGAAAGACAAAUAUCGAAUGAUAGUAGAUUGGAUAGAUCUAGCGCUUGCAAUUGGUCGGCCACACUCCCGAUGCAUGUGAUUUUCUAAUAAUUUGAAUACGAUACUUUGUUGGACAUUGCGUAAACGAAUGCUUCUGGCGUCCCAUUUAUAGUUUGCUUUCGUAGAUUUAAGAAAAAUCGCUGUCAAGCCUGUUAGAUUUGUUACACGGCAUCCGGUGAAAGGCGUGCUCGAAAUAAAUGAAGUUAUCAAUUAUUUGUUUCGCGUUCUUCGACAACUAGCUCUCUAAUAAUAAUCGUACGAUUCGCAACAAGCAAUAUUGCGUGUCGUUACCAACCGGGCAGAACACUUUUUUAAUGACAUUUAACUCCAAGUCUUCCUAUCACGUAGACCUAUUAAGAGAUCAGAAAUUUCUGUCAGAGAAGAAUUCUAAAAGCAGGAAUAAAAAGUAGCAGGAAAGCAAGGAACGUCUGAGGAAUCGCUACAUAUUGCGUAAUAUAAUGUAGCCGACGUCAUGCGAUCGAACAAAACAUACGGUGGAUUCUAACUUUACUUUCACCUUCUAUUAAUAUUUCACACGACGUAUCUUCUCUUUCCUCUUCUUUCGACGUACCUUUUACCUUUUUCUUUUUUGAGCGACUUUGCUCGAGCAUACUUUUCACCCAUACCAACGCGUAUCUCGUGAUAGUCACCGUAACCAAAGUGCAGGACAUAGGAAAAGUGCAUGACAGGGAACAUUUGGCGAACUCGAUACAUAUCAUAUAGCGAUUAAGUUGAAGAAAAAUCGAUGUAACAUUCGAGGAACAGCCGCUUCGCACGUGAUUACUUCGUCUCGCUUGGUAUCGUCGGUAGAACGACCGAUAACACGUCUUUCGUUUCUAAUACUUCUCGAGAGAGAACGAUUCGCGAUAAAGGAAUACGACGUGAUCGCGAACAAACGGGCUGAGAUCAUAUCUUCUGUUAUAUCAUACGAUCACAAUUCGUACAUACAUUUCGUGUUUUUUUUCUUUUUUUUUAAAUACGUUCUCACGUUCAAAUGACUGAAGUAACGUACAUAGAAUUCGGUUCAUUUCGCUAUUCGAGCUGUUCAUCGACGAGCUGAGGAAUUCAUUGUAUUCGUAUUGAGAAAGGCCUGUCGAGGGAUUCAUGUGCGAAGCGCGAUAAACGAUAGCUGUACGAUAGGUACAGCGUCAUUAAUAGAUUAUUAACAGAGAAAAGAUAUAAUAUAUAGUAACGAUGUAAUUAAUAUACAGUUUCAACAAAAGA